AUGCCGUCAUCACCAACAAUUAUCAAGAAUGCAAUCAACGCAGAAAAAAUGCCACUGUCAGAGGAUGAAGUUGCAUCUUUAAUAUCUCACGAAAUCGAGCAAUCUACUGCUGUAAAUGAAAUCAUUACAAAAUUACUCAAUAAAAUCUCAGAGAAAUCUUCCAAAUUUAAAGCUGUAGUUAAUGCUUCAACCAUUAAAUUCUCCGAAUUGGACUCUGAGAGUAACGAGAUAGAUACCAAAUUUGGUUCUCUAUGGGAUACGGGGAAAGACGGAUUGUAUAAUCUCAAAUUCAAGCUUCACGACGGUUCUUAUUUGUUAGUUACAAUAGUAUUCAUAUACAUAUGA